AUGACUGCCGGCGUCCACUCGGUCACAUUCCAGCCAACUCCCGGUGCCAGGAACGAAGACCGGUUUGUCGUGCACUCUUGGCUCAUCGAUGGCAGACGGUGGAAGUUUCUCGCUGUCUUCGAUGGCCAUGGUAGUGCGCAUACAUCUGAAUAUGCUGCUGCCAAUCUUCCCAGGUUCAUCGAGGAGGAGCUGCGCCACGUUGUCGUGGAAUGUCGGAAUCGGUCUCGAGAUACGCUCAUCAGGAAAGUCAAGAAGGCUUUGAGGCAACGGAUCGAGGAUUUCGACGAAGCGAUAGGCGACGCUGUCAAGAAUCUGUGCCCAGACCCCUUCACUUUAAACUACCCGCAAGCCGUGGCCCUUGUCGACGCCAACAAACACAUUCUUCAGCGCGCGUAUUCUGGCUCCACGCUGGCGCUAGCUCUUAUUGACGAGGAUCGAGAUAAUAUGUGGUUAGCCGGACUAGGCGAUUCGACUGUCGCACUGGCCUGUGAAGACCCCGAUGGAAUAGGAUAUGGAGAGGCACCCCUUCCUCUUCAUAGCACGCAUACUCCGAAGGAGUACAUUACCAUCGCCAUGAUGCAUCCUUCUGAGGAAAAGGAUGACAUAAUGGAAAAUGGUCAGUUGUUGGGUGCCGUACCAUACACAAGAGGUUUGGGCGACUACGGUCUCAAGUUCCCAUCAGAGUUCUCGACAGAGCUCUUCUUCAAACUCCCGAGAGGACAACGACCGCAACGCUACCGAGACGGCAUUCGGUAUUGCAAUGUGACGCCGCCGUAUGUCCUGAACUCGCCCAGUACCCGUUUCAUCGACCUCACUGAGCUUCGACCGCACAAGUCGACUCUGAUUCUAUAUACCCAUGGUGUGGAUGCUAUUGUGAAUGGGGAGACUCCGGGCGACCAGAGGAUAAAAAAGCCAGAUGGACCUGAUCCUUCUGUCAUUGUGGGGACACUCGUUGGCAGCAAGGUCGACGAAGCCUUUGCUCAAGAGACUCUUGGCCAUGGUGUUGAAAUCGGCUGGAUAGGCUCAGAUGGAAACCGGGCUGUGGAGCUACUGGGGAACUUGCUGGCAGGGACUUCGGUGGAAAUGUUCGCUAGGUUUCUUCGACCUAGGGAUUCGGAUCGGAGGCUGUAUCUUGAUGAUACGACGAUCCUUCGAUAUGAACUGGUGCGGGCCACCAAUGUUGUACUAUAG